GGACCCAGCAGCUGAGAGAGAAACCACUGUGAUGUCCUCUCAUCCGGAAGGAGGCCCGCAGCUGGAAAUAACCGUAAAACAUCACGUCCUGAAAUCUCCAGAGGCUCCAGAGGCUCUUGACUUGACGAGCGGUGACGCACGGUGCCGUGGGGCCACAGCGGAGGUGAAAGCGGAGACCGAGGCCCCGCGCGCGCGGCAGGAGACGCACAAGCCCCGCGCCAUGACCCGGAGUCCCAAGUGCGCUCGGUGCAGAAACCACGGGGUCGUGUCGUGUUUAAAGGGACAUAAGCGCUUCUGCCGCUGGAGGGACUGCCGCUGCGCGUGCUGCCUGCUCGUGGUGGAGAGGCAGCGCGUCAUGGCCGCGCAGGUCGCGCUCAGGCGCCAACAGGCGGCAGAAGUGUCCAGAGCGCACGGACAGGGGAAGCGGCUGGUCCGGGGCAUGGGCCCCGCGCGGAGGAGCUACAGCCGAGCGGCCGAACCGAGCAGCACCGCGGCCCAGAGCGUCCUGCAGGGCCUCAAACCCUCAACCCCCCCACACGGCGAUGCCCCCUGCUGGUCCAAACCGCACUUACCUCUGCCAUUCCCCUGCCCCUCUGUCAGUGCCCGCAUGAGGAAGAGGAGAGCUUUCGCCGACAAAGAGCUGGAAAACGUGAUGCUGGAACGCGAACUUCAGCAAAGCAACCUCCAAAACCGUCUUCACUGCGACCGGGACAUCGCGUCAUUAUCACCGCCCCUGCCCGCUCCUCCACCUCUGCCCGUCUCCGCCAGCCUCCACUGCUGUGUUCUCAACAAGGACCCCAUGGAUGUGCCCGCCUUUGUGCCUGUUUUUAAAUACAAACCACUUUACGAAUGCGACUUUCAGUUAUACCACGUGCUCUAUGGAAAGUACAGGCCUUUUGGAGGAGCUGGCGAAUAUCUAGAGUUACAGCAGAACUACAACGAGCUGCACGAAAGGACAGAGAGGAAGCACUGCGGCUCCAAAGACGAAAAACUGCCAGAUCUGAUGCUUUUAACGGAACAGCGCCUGAAAAAUCACUGUAUUUCCACACCAGGUCCCGACGGCGUGGCUGUAUCUGCUACACUCACGGACUCCGGUCGCCCCCCUCACGGACCAGAGGGUUGUGGGUUUGCUUUCUCGUCCCAGACACAGUUGGAGAGUAGUAGUUGUAGUAGUAGCAUUCAUAAUGGUACAGGAGCGCCCCCUUCUGGUCAUACAGGGCCCUGCAUGGACACAGUGAAAGCCCCUGGGAGCACUUCAGUCUCGGGACGUCCCACUGUGAAGCCGCUGCCGUUCUCGUUCUUCAACGGCCAAACGGCUCCAUGUGAGGGAAACUGGAUCGGCACACAGCUGCGGCGGUGGGCACCCACCACGGCCCCCACCAGCACCCACCACCAGCACCCAACACCAGCACCCACCACGGCCCCCACCAGCACCCAACACCAGCACCCAACACCAGCACCCACCACGGCCCCCGACACCCACCACGACCCCCAGCAGCACCCACCACCAGCACUCACAGUGGGUCCCGGCACCCUCCACCAGCACCCACCUUGGACCCUGGCACCCACCAUGGCCCACAGCACCCUCCUUCAGCACCCACCACAGCCCUCGGCACCCUCCACCAGCACCUACCACGGUACCCAACACCCUCCACCACCCCCUGUACCUUUCACCGCCCUCAGCACCCACCAGGGCCCCCAGCACUCUGCAUCACCCCCAACACCCUCCAUGGAAAAACCCAAAGAGUGCUAG